UCCGCCUGCCGCCGUCACGUGGUGGGGCACCAGGUCCAGCCUAUUGCUGAUGCUGCAGCGCGGUAUUCAUCAUGGAGCUGGCACCGCGGAUCUGUGUCCUGUUCCUGCCACUGCUGCUGCUUCUGGGCCCGAGUACUGGAGCCAUCGUCGACCUGCCCCCAGACGAAGGCAAAGAAGUAUGGGAUUAUGUGACUGUCCGGAAGGAUGCCCACAUGUUCUGGUGGCUCUAUUAUGCCACCAACCCCUGCAAGAACUUCACCGAACUGCCCCUGGUUAUGUGGCUUCAGGGUGGUCCGGGCGGAUCCAGCACUGGAUUUGGAAACUUUGAGGAAAUCGGGCCCCUUGACUCUGAUCUCAAACCACGAAAAACUACCUGGCUGCAGUCUGCCAGUCUCCUGUUUGUGGACAACCCCGUGGGCACUGGGUUCAGUUAUGUGGACAAGGACGGCAUGUAUGCCAAAGACCUGGCCAUGGUGGCAUCGGAUAUGAUGGUUCUCCUGGAGUCCUUCUUCAGUUGCCGCCCGGAGUUCCAGACGAUCCCGUUCUACAUUUUCUCAGAGUCCUACGGAGGAAAAAUGGCUGCUGGCAUUGCUCUAGAACUUCAUAAGGCCAUUCAGCAAGGGACCAUCAAGUGCAACUUUUCUGGGGUUGCUUUGGGCGACUCCUGGAUCUCCCCUGUAGAUUCGGUGCUCUCCUGGGGACCUUACCUGUACAGCAUGUCUCUUCUCGAUGACCAAGGCCUGGCAGAGGUGUCUCAGGUGGCAGAGCAAGUCCUGGAUGCCGUGAAUAAGGGGCUCUACAAGGAGGCCACCCAGCUGUGGGGAAAAGCAGAAAUGGUCGUUGAACAGAACACGGACGGGGUGAACUUCUAUAACAUCCUAACUAAAACUGCUCCCAUGUUCACCACGAGGUCAAGCCUAGAAUUCACCCAGAGCCACCUAGUUCAGCUUUACCAACGUCACGUGAGACACCUGAAUCGGGACGACUUAAACCAGCUCAUGAACGGGCCCAUCAGAACGAAGCUCAAAAUUAUUCCCAAGGAUUGCUCCUGGGGAGGCCAGGCUAACAACGUCUUCCUGAACAUGGAGGAGGACUUCAUGAAGCCAGCCAUCAGCGUGGUGGACGAGUUGCUGGAAGCCGGGGUCAACGUGACGGUGUAUAACGGACAGCUCGAUCUCAUCGUGGACACCAUGGGUCAGGAGGCCUGGGUAAGGAAACUGAAGUGGACGGAGCUGUCCAAGUUCAAUCAGCUGAAGUGGAAGCCCCUGUACAAUGACCCUACAUCUUCCGAGACGUCUGCUUUUGUCAAGAGCCACAAGAACCUGGCUUUCUACUGGAUUCUCAAAGCCGGACACAUGGUGCCUUCUGACCAAGGGGACACAGCUCUGAAGAUGAUGAAGCUGGUGACUGGGCAAAGAGUAGGAUGGACUGGGCUGCAGGUGAGCUGCUUGGCCUUGGGGCACAGGAGCUGAAGCGAGCACCCCAAAGGUGUGGGAGCACCAUUGUCCCCUCGACUCUGACUUGGGCUGUGAUUGUGAAGGUUCCUGCCAACUUCUGCAGAGAACAAACUCACUGCCUCUGUGGCAGCUUGGAAGUCAUUUCUGCUUCUGAAAAAAACCUUAAGAUUUUUUAAAUGGAUUUGUUUUAAUCAAAAUGAAGGUGUUAAACUAUGUUAACUUUUGCUUCUUAUAAAAGCAAGCUGUGCAAUUUAUAUUUUUAAAAAGUAGAGUGGGGAAUUCAGGCAAACAAAGAACAAAAUGAACACCCAUAUACUCUCUUCCUUGGGAUACACACUCUAGUGUAUAUCCUUGAAGUAUUUUUUUUGCUAUAUAUACAUAUAUUUUUUCGCAAAAAUUGAAUCAUUAGUUUACUGUCUACUUGGUUCACAAAUCAGAAUGUCAUAAAUGUCUUUUCAUGUCAAUAAAUGUUAUUCUCUAACAUUU